GUAGCUAUAUUGCAUGGCGCUAGUAUAGAUUGGUGCUAGUCAGUUUCAACCACCUGGGCACUCUCCAGGGCUGAAACUCCGACUCCGUCUCCGGCACCUCCACCCCAUCGCUACACCCCUUUGGUGACACGACCACGAUGAAUAGGCCUUCGCGGCGGAGAGUAUGCAACCGGUGCGGCGAACUAAAGGUUAGAUGCACACUUCUGGAGGGCAGCGAUACCUGCGAGCGCUGUGCAAGGCUGGGCCAUCAAUGUGUCUUUGUUAAACCCGCUCGGGCUCAGGCUCCUUCUAGAAGGAAAGACCGCCUUGACCAGCUCCAAGACCAGGUUAACAGCUUGGCGGCCGAACUGGCUCUACGGAGACGGGAGGAGAAAGCUGCUGAAUCGCCCGUGUCUGCUACUUCUAUAGCCGAACAACGCUACCAAUCUCGAGGACAGCACUUACUGGACUCGACUCCUAAUCAGUCCCCCCGCCCUACUCCGAUAGCCGAGCCGCAGACUGCCAUAGCGCAGACUCACGAUGUCUUUUCUCGCGGAUUUCUUACCAUCAGCGCGGGAGAUCGACUAAUAGCAAAGUUUCAGAAAGUGAAGAUGCCACUAUUUCCUUUUGUAAUUAUCCCGCCAGAUACGACGGUCUUUUCCCUUCGUCUAGAAUACCCCUUCUUACUCCUAGCCAUCUUGACAGCUUCAACAGAAGACGACUUGCCGUUGCAGAGGAAACUAGAGACCGAAUUCAGAACCACCAUAUGCAACCGCCUGGUCAUGACUGAUGAGAGAAGUAUGGACCUGCUUCUGGGGCUCCUCGUUCACAUUGCUUGGCACCAUUACCACUUUGAAACUGUACGACGUCAACUUUACAUGAUUACCCAAAUGGCCAUUUCGAUUGUUGUGGAUUUAGGGCUUGACAGAGACCACAAUUUUGGGCUACGGGACAUUGCCGCGGAAGUGCAAGGACACCUACAAGAAGACACAGAUGCAGAGGCACGACAUCAUACUUCUGCUGAAAAACGAGCUCUUCUUGGUUGCUAUUACUUGUACUCUGUGUCUUCUCUAUUUCGGAAGCAACUCUACAUGAGACAUACCGACUGGAUUGGCCGAUGCUGCGAGGAUCUUGCAACUCGGCCAGAGUACCCCUCAGAUGUAUACCUCAAGACAUUCAUUGAUAUCCAGCUCUUAUCAAGGGGCACUGAAGACAUCAUUACCUGUCAAGAUAUCCUGCACCAAGUUAACGCAUCUUUUGAGUGGCACCGACAGCUCAGCGACGUUAAAGAACUCGGCAGAGAGAUCCUCGCGCGACACUCUCAAGAUGAUCCCAAUAUUCCACAGUCACUAUUGCGCGACCUCCAAGCCAUACCAAUUUACAUCAACAAAAGCUUUCUCCAUCACAACAUCCCAAUUAUGUCUCUCCACCAUCCCGAGUCAAGCCUCCCACGGGACUCGAUCAUUAAAGACCUCUUCUCUGGCUCCAAAAACUGCAUCAGCACGAUGUGCGAAUUACCCAACGACGUCGUAAUGCACCUCCCACAAACAUCACACACCAUGCUAUGGUACAGCCUUCUAGUGGCCACAAAAACAGCCUUGUCCUCUUCCAACAGCGGCGCCGGCAGCCGCGAAGUCAAGCCCGUAUACGACCUCGCCGUCGCAGCGAGCAACCUCCAUAAGCGCCUCUCCAUCGGCGAUGACGUAUGGGCUAUCUCGCAACGCGCAAUCGGCUUCGUCCUUUCGUGGCUGGAGCGAUACGAAGCACAGGGCCUGCGACGGCAGCCUCCUAAAGAGGGCAGUACGCAUCCAAAACCGGAUGGAGGCAUACCAAGGGUGGCCAAUCCCGCGAACAAUGGGCACAGCCUCCCUAUGCCGGCAUGGGGUGCUCUCGAUGCGCCGACUAACCAAUCAGAAACUUUGUUCAAUGGCCCCGGUUGGGACGAGGUUAUGCAGAAUAUGAUGAUAGAGGACUUCUUUCCGUGGGAUAUUAGCGCGCAGCUGCCGUGGCCGCAGAAUAAUGGGGGCCCUGGAGUUUGGUGAAGCAGAGCGUAGGAUAGUAGCUAAUGGACUGAUUUGAUUCCCACGUAGUAGUCUGUGCUACCCCCUU